AUGCUGAAACACCCAAAUUUGAAGCAGAUCUUCCGGUUGGCUCGGGCACGGCGGAUAGUGGUGGGGGUCCGGUAUGAAAGCGGGACUGGGAGCGCUAUGAAGGGGCAGUGGUCUGUGCGAUCGCCCAAGCAGCUGUACGACCAUCUGAGCCAAUAUAUCGUAGGACAGGAGCGGGCGAAGCGAGUGCUGAGCGUUGCCGUUUUCAAUCACUACCUAAGGAUCACGCCGAUUCAACCGCCAGAGACCGCCGAUCAGACCUCAACCGCUCAGAUUCCAGCGGCGGUCCCUGUCCCCCCUGCGCCCUUAUCGCGAGCUACGGUCACCAGGCGCAGAGACAGCUCCUUCUCACCUGCUGGAUCUAUUCCAGACCCAUCUCGAGCUGGAGCUGAGCUGGAUGAUGGGGUACGCCGAGAUAUCACCCGGGCAUUGGGUGGCGACGGCGAAGGAGCCGAUCCAACCUUGACGAACGAUCUGCUCAACUCGCGCAGCAGAGAAGGGCAGUGGUCCCGUAAUGGCGGUAUCAAUCGGAGCGAUUACUUCUUCGGGGCUCGCCCUGCUCCCCCUUCCAUGUCCCCUUCAAGUAACAAACCUGCCAAGCCACGGAGACCAAUUUCCGACGAGGCCGAUGAGUAUCCCCCACCUUUCGACUACUCUCCUCGCGACCGGAUCGAUGCCGAAAAACGGAAAACAGCACGAUUCGGGGAGGAUGAGGCUGGGCCGAGCAGGCCGAGGCGGAGUGCGGACAAGGAGCGGGAUGUAGAUGAGAUGAGGGCCAAGGCGGAGCUUGACGAAGGAUUGAGGGGGAAAGGAAAGGGAAAGGCGGUGGAGGAGGUAGUGGUGGAGAAGAGUAACGUGCUGAUGGUCGGUCCGACAGGGACGGGAAAGACACUCAUGGCCAAGACCCUGGCUAGAGUGCUGGAUGUACCCUUUGCAUCCUGCGACGCGACGACCUACACCCAGGCAGGAUAUGUUGGCGAAGAUGUCGAAAAUUGCGUAUUACGAUUACUGCAAAACGCCGAAUAUGAUGUUGGACGGGCGGAAGUCGGUAUCAUCCACAUUGACGAGAUCGACAAGCUUGCCCGGCGGGGCGGAUCCGACUUUGGCUCGUGGGGCGGCGGCCGAGAUGUGGGCGGAGAAGGCGUUCAACAAGCUCUACUACGUCUGCUCGAAGGCACGACUCUGACACUCACCGCCAAAGCACCGGCAGUCACCUCCGCUCCUACCUCGCCAUCAUCUCCAUCCUCACCCAGCGGGUCAACACCGAGCAGUGGACCAGGCGGAGCUGGGAGUGGAAAGGAUAGUCCAAAGGCAGAGGCGGCAUUUGGGAACCCGCCAGGAUGGGACCCGAACAAUCCCAUGAACCGGACGUUCGGCAAUACAGGCGCUGGCUCGGGGAAGAAGGGCGUCAGAGAGGGCUUACCUGGAUUUGGAGGUGGAAGUGGGGGAACGAGCAGCGGGAAGGGGGAGACUUUUGUGGUGGAUACCAGCAACAUCUUGUUUGUCCUCAGCGGCGCCUUUGUCGGAUUGGACAGCAUAGUCAAUCGGCGACUAGGGAAAGGAUCCAUCGGCUUCGGCGCCCCAUUACCUAAACCCCCAGUCACUCCCGAAACCACCUCCUCUGCCUCUAUCACCCCUCUCAAAGGCCUCACGACGGCCGAUCUCGCCUCAUACGGUCUCAUCCCAGAGUUCCUCGGCCGACUACCAGUCCUCAGCACCCUGCACCCGCUCAGCAUUGAGGAUCUCGUCCAGAUACUGACGGAGCCCCGGAAUGCCUUGGUCAAACAAUAUCAGGCCAGCUUUGAGAAGAUGGGAUCAGAGCUGCAGUUUACGGAUGGAGCGAUUCGACAGAUCGCCAAGACGGGAUUGCAGCGGGGUGGGGGCGCAAGAGGCUUGAGGGGGAUUUUGGAGGAGGUUCUGCUGGAUGCGAUGUUUGAGGUGCCGGAUAGUUCAAUCCGAUAUCUGAUCAUCACCGAGAACGUCGUUAACGGCUCUGAACCAGCACACUACUUCAGCCGGGGGCAACGGGUGACGUUCCUGAAUAUGCUGGAGGAGGAGAAUGCCAAGACUCGGCCGGCGUCCACGGUCGAGGCAGAACAAGGGGAGAUGGAGGAAGAGGUGGAACAGGAGCGAUUGAGGUCAUCGGGUUAG